CCGCGGCGAGCUCGGCGCGGCGCGCGACGACGGCCGCGCGGCGAAGCUCGAGGAGGAGAAGAACUCCGCCGAGGCGGCCGAGCGCGAGGACGCGCGGGCCAAGGGCGCGACGACGCUCGAGGAGUACGAGGACGCGGCGCGCGAGGCGUUCGCGGACGAGAAGCAGCGCCGCGAGGCCGCGACGGCGCAGGCGCUCGAGGCGCAGAAGGUCGACCUCGAGCGCAACCUGGAGCCGCUCGCGCGCGCGUGCGACGACGCCGUCGCCGCCGUCGAGCUCCGCGCGGAGCGGUCGGCCGCGGACGACGCGCGGAAGCGGUCCGCGGACCGCGCGACGCGCGACGCGACGGCCGCGGCCCAGGCCGAGGCGGCGGCGGCGCUCGCGGCCGCCGUCGCGGGCCGCGAGCGGUCCGAGGCGGCGCUCCGCGAGGCGCUGGACGCGCAGCGCGACCUCGCGACGGGCGCGCGCGGCGACGCGGCGAAGACGCCGAAGCACGCGGACCGCGUCGGCGAGGGCCUCGACGAGGCCGCGGACCGCGAGACGCGCGCCGCCGCCGAGGCCGCGGAGGCCGUCAAGGCCGAGGCGCUCGCGGCCACGGCCUGGAACGCCAAGCUCGUCUGCGACGACGCCGUCGUCGCCGCGGUCGCCUGCGCGCUGGCCCGCGAGGCCGACGUCGUCGCCGGCUGGCGCCGCCGCGCCGCCGCGGCGUCGGACGCCGCGGACGCGGACCGCGGCGCGCUCGAGGCGCCGCUCGAGGCCCAGACGCAGCAGCUCGGCCUCGAGCGCGACCGCGCGGCCGGCGCGGCGGCCCAGGAGACGCGCGACGCCGACGCGCGCGCGGGCCUCGCCGCGGACCGCACGGCGGCGCUCGAGGCCGCGCUCGCGCGGCGCGACGAGGCCCACGCGGCCAAGUUCGACGCGACGAUGAACGCGUCCGUCGGCAAGGGCAAGCCCGUGUGGUCGUCGCCGGGCGUCCAGCAGAAGAUGGGCGCCAAGGACACCCUCUGCAAGAUCGCCAACAUGGGCCUCGUCGACACGUUCGCGUACUACGACGCGGAGACGCUCGAGACCCAGUUCAAGCUCAUGGAGAUGAACGACAGCCACGUCGAGUACCACACGGUGAAGGAGUUCCUCGUGUUCUGCGUCGACGGCCCGAAGAGCGUCGGCGCCGGCACCUGGACGUCGACGUUCCCGGGCGAGUACCUCAAGGGCGGUGCGGCGGCCAGCGACCGGCUCGUCGACCAGCGGCUCCUGCUGGCCGAGGGCGAGGUCGGCGUGCUCACGGCGGGCGACACGUCCCAGAUGAUCAUCCACACGAAGCCCGAGGGCGGCUGCGAGACGCUGAGCGGCGGCGGCGCGCCGCCGGGGGCCGAC